CGUGUGUACAUUCCUGCUAUGGCACACGCCUGAUGAAGAAACAUUUCAGCUGGUAGCCCCCUCCCAUCUGAGUGUGUUUGUUUGCCAGGAUCUCACGCGGGACGUCGCGUUAUGAGCCCUUAAAAGUAGGUUUGAAAAGGCAACAUUGAACCUUGACCUUCCAAAGCCUCUGAGCAAGAAAAAGAAGACGCUGCCAAGAUGUUCAGCACCAAAAGGCUGAAGCAGAAGUCUCAGUCGGUGGAUAUUGCCAGUCAAGGAUUUUCCCCGACUCUGAUGCCGGCUUCGCCCCGCAACAAGGCUGUGCCACCUGUUGCCAAGACAACCACCGGCCUCGCGGUGAAGGAAAACAACACCACCAACUCCCAGCUGCGCAGUCCUCGUUGUGGUGAGCUGAAGAGAGGCUACACCAUAGACACCGGCCAGAAGAAGACUCCAGAAAAGAAGGAUGGAAGGCGCAUGUCCUUCCAGAGACCCAAAGGGACCAUGGAAUAUUCUGUGGAAUUGCGGGACACGUUGAACAGCAUUGCUCUCAAGUUUGACACCACACCCAACGAGCUGGUUCAGCUGAACAAGCUGUUCUCCAGAGCAGUGGUGCCUGGCCAGGUUCUGUACGUCCCUGACCCCGAGUACGUCUCCAGUGUUGGAAGCUCUCCCUCCCUCAGUCCCGUCAGCCCCCUGUCUCCCACCUCCUCCGAAGCCGAUUUAGAGAAAGUGACGGACUCUGAUGCUCCCCCCAGACCAGAAGCCGUUCACCCUCCGGUGUUCUCGGCCCUGCGCCAGUCCAGAGUGGUGUCAUCCACCUCCGAGGAGGAAGAAGCCCUUACAGAGAAGUUCCUCAAGAUCAACUGCAAGUACAUCACAGAUGGGAAGGGUGCAGUUAGUGGAGUGUUGCUGGUGACACCCAACAACAUCAUGUUCGAUCCUCACCGCAUGGACCCCCUGGUUCAGGCCCAUGGAUGUGAAGAAUACGGUAUCAUGUGCCCUCUGGAGGAGGUGCAGUCUGCCGCAAUCUGCAAGGAGAUCACUGACCCCAAGAUCAGAGAAACCGUCCCAGAUGACUUGGAGCCUCUACCAGCUGAGAGGCAUCCCUCCCAGCAGAAGGACCCAGAGCACCGCCUGAGGGAACCAGGGGCUAAUGACAGUGGCAGCAUGGCCCCACGAAGCACCGAUUGCUCCUUCUCAGAGGACGUCUUCACUGAAACUGACCUAUCCCCCAUUCGGGAGGAGGAGCAAGCAUCCAGCGAGGACCUCUGCCUGGACAAGUCCUCUGGUGCUUCCACGGAGUCUGUGCAAACCAUCACCCAGGUGGAGGCUGCUGGUUCACAACCCCCAGGCAGUGCCCGCAGCUGCUCAGUCAGCCAGCCUGAGGAGCCCACCACUGCAAAAGCAGAGGACAAUCCACCAGACACUUCCACAGUCAAUGAUAGCCAGUCCCCCAUGGGAUCCAAGCAGCACAGUGUAGAGAAGCCACUAAGCACACCCACCACCACCACCAGCAGCAGCACUAGCCAGGCCCAGGGUCCCAGCAGCAGCACUUCCCGUCCAGGGUCCCAAAGCUCAGCCACAGCCAGUCCACAGGGGGAUGCCAACCAGGGGUCAGACAUCUCCGAAACAGACACUAUGCAACAAGGCAAGGAAGAGGAGAAGAACGCCGAGCAGAAGGAAAAGGACAGCACACAGAACUCUGCAGAGGGUACAGGGUCUGCUGAGAGGAGGAAGCAUCGCUCACACAAGUUCCUGUGUCUGCGAGUGGGGAAGCCAAUGAAGAAGACAUUUGUUUCCAAUGCCAGCGCCUCCAUGCAGCAGUAUGCUCAGCAAGGCAAGAAGCACGAGUACUGGUUUGCUGUGCCGCAAGAGAGGUCAGACCACCUGUAUGUGUUCUUCCUGCAGUGGAGCCCAGAUAUGUACGGAGAGGGGGUCAGGGGUAUGGGACAAGAGCCUGGGUUCAUGGUUGUCAAGAAGAAUGAGGUAUCAGAGUCAGCCGAGGAUGAGCUCAUUACUGACCUCAAUGUCAAGGAAUGGGAGGUAGUGUCUCUGACGGAGUACCACCGUCGGAUUGAUGCGCUAAACAGCGAAGAUCUGCGCUCGCUCUGCAAACGACUCCAGAUUACUACCAAGGAAGAAGUGAACUCCAAGCAUGGCACAUCCAUCAAAACUGAGCUGGAGCCCGAAACGUUCAAACCCAACCUCAAAGAGCCCAGUGAUCUCCUGGAGGCCGACCAGAUAGAGAAGCUUGCCAGGAAUCUCCCACCACGCACCAUUGGGUACCCAUGGAUGCUGGCCUUUGGCACAUCAAAGCAUGGCAUGAGCAUUAAGACACUGUAUAGAACCAUGCAGGGCCAGGACAGUCCAGUCCUUCUGGUCAUCAAAGACAGUGACGGCCAGGUGUUUGGUGCUCUGGCAUCUGAGCCGUUUAAGGUCAGCGAUGGCUUUUAUGGCACGGGAGAGACUUUCCUCUUUACCUUCAAUCCAGAGUUUGAGGUUUACAAAUGGACAGGGGACAACAUGUUUUUCAUGAAAGGAGACAUGGAUUCUUUAGCUUUUGGUGGAGGAAGCGGUGAGUUUGGCCUGUGGCUGGAUGGAGACCUCUACCACGGCAGGAGUCACUCCUGUAAAACUUUUGGGAACCCUAUGCUCUCAAAAAAGGAGGAUUUCUAUGUGCAGGACAUAGAGAUCUGGGCUUUUGAAUAACAAGACAGUGCACCACAGGGAAAAUUAAAAAGAAAAAAAAAUCAAGUCCUUCAAAGGGCAAACCAAGGAGUCCAUCUCCUAUAGAACAAUGGCAACGUCCCAAACUUAACUGCACAUCACCAGGGCUCCUCAGUCUGGAAGCCAGCUAUUGGAUGCUUGUUGUGCGUUACUACUGCAGUUAUUACGGAGCUUUGUUUUUUUGUUUUUUUUUUUUCUUUGUGAAAAAUGACCUUCGUGUGUAUCUUGUUACAGCCUUGUGCAGCGUUUUUUGCAGAGUAGGGGGAGUGUGUGAUGAUGCAAGGUUGUAUCACAGGGGUGAGAGGAAGGGGGGCAGGGCAGGGACCAUGGAGACCUCACAGAGGACCGAAAGGCAGCGAAGACCAUCGUUGCUGAGGUUUGGGACUGCUGCAAGAAGAGAGAACUGCUCUAUUGGUCCCAAUCAGAACUUUACAGAAGUUCAAGGAGUCCCCCUGCGCCCUCUCCAACCCGUAGAACUUUGUUCACUCAGUAGGAUGUUACUCACUGUGCUGUCAGCCUUGACGGAGAGAGACCCAGUUAGCGGGAGAGCCAGUAGACGGAAGCUUAUCACAUUCCAUUACUCUUGUUUGUGGAGUGUCCCAAUAAAAAUGGUGAUUUGUGACAACAUAAACACUUUGGCAACAGGAUGUGAUGACACUUAAACUCUGAGAAGAGAUUAUUUGCUGUGUGUAGUGCAGGGGGGAGGUGGGUUAGUCUUUUUCCAGUACAGGUUUGGGUUGUCCUCUUGAGGCUAAACUUGUUGAGUAUCGUGUAUUGUAGUCCUCCUGUUGUUCACUGUCAUAGCACACCAUCUGAAAGCACAUAGCUAUAAUCAGACCACCCAUCGUCGUAAUGUUCUGUUCAGUGGGUGUACGCGUGAGUCCAGCUAACACCGGCUAACCCUCGCAGGACGCCGGCUGUACUGUUUGUAGACAGUAACGUGUUGCAAUAGAUUCGUGGAAUAUGCAAAUAACUGUCCUGUGACCUCAAAUAAUCCGCAGGUCACGGCACUUUUGCCGUCACCUGUCACUCUUUCAAGAGAGAAAACUUGUAAAGCUUUUACGUCUUGAUACACAAUUGCUUCUCUGGGUAUUAUUUGAAAAGCCUGAGACGUGGUUAAUUGUUUUACAUGCAUAUUUGACAAUUAUAUAUUGAUAUAUAUGAUUAUAUAUGAGUUAAUAUAAUCAUAUAUAUUUUGCUGUUGAGUGUGACAGUGAUAUAUUUGUGCUGAUAUUUCAGCUGUUACUAUAUAAUGUAUAUUAUCCUGUAAAUUAAUGUUUAAAGUAGAUUUGUUCCUAUACAUAUAUAUAUAUAUAUAUAUAUAUAUAAAUAUAUAGAAAAAUACAUAAUGCUAUAUAAAAAAUAUAUAUAUAUAUAAAAUAAAGUGUGGAUUGGUGGGUUGCUUCUAGCACUUUAAUCUGGUGUGAAAGUGUCAUGGCCAGGUUCUUAAGUUCUCUUAGCAGUAGCUGUACAGUAUUUUUUUUUUUUUUUUUUUUUAAAGACCAUGAUGUUAACUGUUAGUAGAAAGCUUGCUGCUACCAAUACCAACAGGGAUGUACCCUAAUGUUCUGUCUGAAAAGGAGGAUUACUCUACAGCAGGAAGAGGGGGGAUGUUGAAUGUGGUUAAACGAAGCAGCAGGCUUCGGUUUCUCUCCGCACAUGGCCGUCAGGUGAGUCUGAGCAGGUACAGGUAGGUAUACAGGUCGAUGGCCCCUUGGACAGGCAGAUUGAAGCGGGCGAAGGGAAGUGUGUACAGUACGUCACCCUCCCCAUGGAGCCUUUUUCCCCCCUUUAUUCUGGUCUUCCACACCAGUAUUUGUGUCCUUGUGGAAAGUCACAGAGUAAAAUAUGGAUAAUUCUUCCGAUUAUUUCACCAGAACAAUGUAUCUGUGAUGUAUAAAUAACAAUAAAGCUAAAUUAAUUGUUGUAA